AUCUUCAUCCGCAUUCCUCAAUUCUCCAUUUCCAGAGAGAGAGAGAGAAAAGAAGAAGAGAGAUAAUGGAAAGCCACUCCUCCUCCUCCUUCUCCACCUUCAAUUCCUACCUCCACGCCCUCUCCGACACCCCGCGCCGCCUCUCCCGCCGCGCCUGCUCCGUCUCCACCUCCUUCGAGGAGACGAGCCGGGCCCGCGCCCGCUCCGGCUCCGACAUGCGCCGCAGCCUCCGCUGGCACGACCUCAUCGGCUUCGGCGUCGGCGGCAUGGUCGGCGCCGGCGUCUUCGUCACCUCCGGCCGCGCCAGCCGCCUCUACGCCGGCCCCGCCGUCGUCCUCUCCUACGCCAUUGCCGGCCUCUGCGCCCUCCUCUCCGCCUUCUGCUACACCGAGUUCGCCGUCGAGAUGCCCGUCGCCGGCGGCGCCUUCAGCUACAUCCGCGUCACCUUCGGCGAGUUCCUCGCCUUCGUCACCGGCGCCAACCUCAUCGUCGACUACGUCCUCUCCAAUGCCGCCGUCGCCCGCGGCUUCACCGCCUACCUCGGCACCGCCCUCGGCCUCCCCGCCCACGCCAGCCUCCGCUUCACCGUCCACGCCCUCCCCGACGGCUACAACGAGAUGGAUCUCAUCGCCGUCGCCGUCGUCCUCCUCCUCACCUUCGUCAUCUGCUACAGUACGAGGGAGAGCUCGUGGCUGAACAUGGUGCUAACGGUGCUACACAUUUUGUUCAUAGUGUUUGUGAUAGUGGUGGGUUUUUGGAGGGGAGAUUUGAAGAAUUUUACCGAACCCGGCAACCCGGAAAAUGCGGGCGGGUUCUUCCCGUUCGGAGCCUCCGGCGUGUUUAAUGGGGCGGCGAUGGUGUACCUCAGCUACAUCGGGUACGAUGCCGUUUCGACCAUGGCGGAGGAGGUCAAGAAUCCGGCGAAGAACAUUCCGAUUGGUGUGUCGGGCUCCGUGAUCCUCGUGACGGUUCUCUACUGCUUGAUGGCCGCUUCGAUGUCCGCGCUCCUCCCUUACGACAAGAUUGACGCGGAUGCCCCCUUCUCGGGGGCAUUCGAGGCGGGCGCGGCCGGGUGGCGGUGGGCGGCGAACAUGAUCGGGGCCGGGGCGAGCAUGGGCAUCGUGACGUCGCUUCUGGUGGCGAUGCUGGGGCAGGCGCGGUACAUGUGCGUCAUCGGGCGAUCGUGCGUGGUCCCCGCGUGGUUCGCCCGGGUCCACCCGGCCACGUCGACACCGAUCAAUGCCUCCGCCUUCCUUGGAAUCUUCACCGCAACAAUCGCCCUCUUCACGGACCUAAACAUAUUGCUAAACCUCGUCUCAAUUGGGUCCCUCUUCGUGUUCUACAUGGUGGCGAAUGCGGUGAUCUACAGGCGCUACGCCCCUCAUGGAACGAGCAACCCGUGGCCGACCCUCUCCUUCCUCUUCUGCUUCUCACUCACCUCUCUCAUCUUCACCCUGCUGUGGCAAUUUGCCCCAGCAGGUAGGCCUAAGGCCUUCAUGCUUGGGUCAUGCGUUGCCCUAGCUUUGGGAGUUGUACUCUUGUUCCAUUUGAUGGUACCUCAGGCCCGAAAGCCCGAGUUUUGGGGUGUCCCAUUCAUGCCAUGGAUCCCUUCCAUCUCCAUAUUCCUCAACAUAUUCUUGUUGGGCUCUCUUGAUAAGCCUUCUUACGUGAGGUUCGGGGUUUUCUCGUGCCUUGUGGUGCUUGUCUAUGUCCUCUAUAGCGUGCACUCGAGCUUCGAUGCGGAGAGGGAUGGGAUUCUUACCCAGAAGGCCGUCGAAGGCGCCGUGGAAAGUGGAGAUGAUGCUCAGAAAGUGUGAACCAUUUUUUUCUUUCCUUUCUUGACUAGUUUACCUUUGUUAUGUUGUAAUAACUUUAGAGAGAAAAGAAUGAAAAAGAAAAAGGAAUAGCAAAGUGUAUAGUUUGUUUUCUUAAUUAGGGAUUUUUAGGUUUGGAAUCCCUUUUGUGCAUAUGAUGUAGUCAUUGAUCAAAUCAAUUCUUGUGCACCUUUAAAUGAAAAAGAAUCAUAAAGUCAAAGAAAUUUAUAAGGU